AUGAAUGUACUUACACUUCCAUACGUAUCACUACAAGAAAAGUUAGCAUUACCGGCGACGCCUUUAGCGGUGACACCAGGCAAUAGCGACGGCAUGUUUUUGCUAGGGGAAGCCAUUAAUGCAACAAGAAACUUGAGGAUACACCAAAAGGAUCUUUUCCUUCUACACAUUCUAGGAUUUCGUGAUAUAGUUUGGUCCUGUUUUCUUCCGGAUCUAACAACAGAGAAUCAUAGAGUUGAGGUUGUAACUUGUGCUAAAGAAGAUAUAAUCAGUAGCUUGCCUGAGCACUUGAUAGACUUAAUCUUAGAGCGGGUCCCACUUGAAGAGGCUGUAAGGACAAGCAUUUUAUCAAAAAAGUGGAGGUACAGAUGGACCAAAAUGGGGGCGCUGGUUUUUGAUGAGCAAUUCUUCAACAAAUAUUCAAAAAAUGGAGCUUUUGGUCGUAAUGGGUUUAUAAUGAUCAUAUACAAAGUCUUGAUCCUUCACAAGGGUCAUAUCUCGAAAUUUCUUCUCGAUAUACCAAAUAUAAAUAUGUUUCUUGAUAGCUUUGAAGAAGUUGAUCAAUGGAUGCUACUCUUAUCAAGAAAUGGUGUCAAGGAACUCAUCCUAACUAAUUCAAGUCAAUGUUAUAAACUUCCUUCUUAUGUGUUUUCUUGUCUAGAAUUGAGAAAGUUGGAACUGGAAAACUGUUUUUUCAAGCCACCAGAUGAGUUUGAAGGAUUUGUUUAUCUCAAUGAUCUUGAGCUCUGUAACGUUGAUUUUGGGGCUAAUUUGUGUGGAACUGAGAUCAACUUACCACAACUUAAGGAGUUGUCCCUGUUUAGGUGCACAAAUGUUUACAAUUUCAAAAUCAAGGCUACAAAACUGAAGAAUUUGAUUGUCUUCGAAUCUCCUGAUUCCAUGGUGCUUCACUUAUUGCACAAUCCAUGCCUUAUGAAGGUUUUUAUGUCUUUUCUGAAACCUAUAGAUGAGUUUGUAAGAGAUGAAAGAAAGACAUUGUCCAUUGUGUUAAGUAACUUACCCAAAAUUAAAUCGUUAUAUCUUGAUGGUCUUUUCUUUAAGGUUUUGAUUGCAGAAAAGCUUCCAAAAUUGCUUCCAUGUGCAAUUAGUAGUUUAAAGCAUCUGUGUUUGCUAUAUUAUGAACUUUCUGAUUUGGAUCAACUUCAUGGUGCUCUUUGUUUGCUUCGGAACUCGCCGAAUUUAGAAAGUCUGUCUGUGAGAUUUGUGGAGAAUGAACCUCAAGCCAUUCGUUAUGAUGUGGGACCAGCUUCAGAUCAUUUAGAGGCUGCAAACUGCUUGGAUUGUACAUUGGAACAGUUACAAACUGUUGAGAUAACAUAUGUAGAAGGAUCGAAACCGGAACUGCUUUUUAUAAAGCUUCUUCUUGCUCAUUGCCCUUCUCUCCAGAAGUUUACCAUCACAACAAGUGGAGAUCUUGAUGCUAAAAAAAUACUUGACAUCUCUAAGGAUGUUAUGCGCUUCCCUCGAGCAUCACCAAAAGCAGAAGUGGUCUACUUGAACUCGGAGACAUAAUUUUGUAAGAAUGUUCAACAACAUUGUAAGGUAGGUUUAAACGCUCUACCUUACGAGCGUAUUUUCUUUAUGAUGUAAUUUGAAACGUCCCUACUCGUUUUGAUUUUUGCUUCGGUUUGGUGUGUGUUAACACAUGUAAAUAGUUCUAUGCACUAAGAAGAGACGAUCUUCUGGAUUUUGAGUGAAAGCUAAGUUUUACAAUUUAAAACCACCAAGAAAGGUUUUGGUUUUGGUUAAUUGGUUUUGCUAAUGAUAAAGAACAUGGAA